CUGUUGCUGGAUUGGGUGUCGGUUGAUGUUGUUGCACCUGCUGAAAUCCUGCACAGAAAGGAAAUGACCAGUGUUGGUAGUAGUUCAGUUAGUCCUCUUGAUAGUCCACAAGUAGAUGAUGAUAGUCUACAGGUCACUUGUUUCACUGAGGAUCUUCAUGAUGUAACUUUCCAUUUUCAGAUAAUACGGCUCAAGAAACAGAUGUUUGCAUGGAUUGGAUGCAACACUACCAAAUUUGGGCAUUUAUAUGCAGCUGCACCUACUCGACCUAACAAUACGGUGAGUGUGACAUCAAUACUUGGAGGGACCUCUGACAACACAGGGUCAAGCAUUGCUCGGCGAUUAGUGUUAAAGACUGGUCUCAGUGUAAUUGUGGCUUGCAACAUUCCCAAGAACAGUCCCAUGCUUGAGGCGGAUGCAGAGAGAAAGUUAAUAGAGAAGCUGACGGCUCUCGGGUACACGAUACCAAAAUCUCAGGGAUUGGCCCUUACAUAAUCGAGAGUUUCUUUGGCAAACUUACAUAGUUGAUGAUUGAAGCUAAUAUAUUAUGUAUCAAUAAUUUAUAUG